ACGGAUGGGCCGAUCGCAGGAUCGCAGGGCCGAUUGCAGCCGACGAUGGCCACUCCUACGCCCAAAUCGCGGCAAUCGAAAAGCUCAGAUCGGUCACAGGAAAGCCACGGCAGUGCCGUCGUGAGUCAGAGACACCCGAAAACUGCGUCGGAAGGCUCGAAAUCAUCGCAGGAACCAGCUGUCGAAAUCGCGAUUCAGCGGCACUCGAAAACUGUAUCAGAAACCUCGAAAUCGUCGCAAGCCGCAGCUGUCGAUAUCGUGUCGUCUUCAAAACAUACGCAACUAGCGCCGAUCGACGGAGUCGCCGCCGAACGUAAGCACUCGGUGCCCAAAUCGCCCGCAGACGGCAAGUCUGGCGGCAUUUCAGAAAAAUCUGCGCCUCAACACCCCGUAGAAAAACCAGAACCGGCACCGCGCGAGAGGCAAGAAAGCUCGAAAUCGUCGCAUGGCACAACUGUCGAUAUCGUGUCGUCUUCAAAACAAACGCAACUAGCGGCGAUCGACACAGCCGCCGCCGCCGAACGUAAGCAAUUGAUGUCCAAAUCACCCGCAGACAGCGUUUCGGAAAAAUCUGCGCCUCAACAACACCCCGUAGAAAAACCAGAACCGGCGCCGCGAGAGAAGCACCGGCAAGAUCAGACAUCGUCUAUGUCGUCGAAUGCGGCAGAACGGGACAAGAAAGAGAACGAAGGCGCAUCCGAAGGUGCCACACCAAUGACGUCUCGGCGACCUGCCAGCGAAACGGUAAUGCCAAUCGCUGCCCCGCGCAGCAACCAAUCGCGGCAAGACUCUCCGGAGAAACUAUCGAGCUCAGCGUUGAUGGAAGGAGCUGCUAACGCGGACGUACAGCCGAACAGUGCAGUGGCGCCCGCGUGGCACAGCGCCUCCGGAAAGACGACGCCGCGAGAGUUGCUGUCGCGAGAACGGCGGUCCGACACGGACAAGGGCCCGUUCUCCUCCACACCCAGCGAACACUCCCUGGGACCCGAAAAUGAGGGCUUCACCGAGGAAAAGAAGGUGACUUCCUCAAUGCACCGCGCCUCCGCAUCGUCGGACACCGCAAAACUGCCCGAAGCGCUGAAGUCGUCUGCCGGUGAGCCUCCGACAGAACUUGCAGCUGAGCUUACGACUGAACCUCCGGUUCAACCUAUGACCGAACCUCCAGUUGAGCCUACGACCAAGCCUUCAGCUGAGCCUACGACCGGGCCUUCAGCUGAACCUACGACCGAACCUCCAGUUGAGCCUACAACCGGGCCUUCAGCUGAGCCUACGACCGAACCUCCGGUUGAGGCUCCAGGCGAACAACACGAGGAGCCACACAGCAAGGUGCCGCAAUAUGAGCAACAGCCGGCAAGGGUACCAUGGUGGAAGCGGUCAUUGGUGACAUCAAAGCAUCAUUCAGCAGAUGCUCGAAUCCAAAAGGAGGCAGGAGCUCCACUGCUCCUGCCUCUCAGUGCGAAGUAUAAAGACAGCUUUGCUUACAAAACAGUGCGCGACAGGCUGCCAGUCAUCUUGACGAAAGUCAUCGACACUGUUUUCAGGGACCGCAUGGAUAUCGAGAGAGUGCUGGGCCCCGAGGCACGCGAGGAGACCAAACUUGUUGUGGGAUGCCUCGCCAGGCUGCGCAACGAAAUGGUUACCAACAAGCCCAUGAUACCCAUAGAGGACGACUUCGAAGAUACGGAAACCUGGAACAGUGUGCUGAACGAGUACACGUUGAAAAAUGGUCGCGAACCCCACUGGUACGAGGCCCCCUGGCUCUACAUUGAGACCUAUUUCUAUCGGCGCAUCUUCGAAGCAUUCCGGCUCACAGCCAAGCUGAGAGACUACGACCCCUUCAGUAAGCUCAAGCGGGACGCUCUUUAUGGCUCAUUCAACGCAGUGCGCACCCUGUGCGACAUCUUGCGUUGGAACACUCCUCGAGAUGCCACUUUGGAGACCCUCCAGCAAACCACGUACAGGCUCAUUGAGCUGUCGCUUUGGGGCAACCGGUGCGACCUCUCGCUGUCCUCUGGUGCAGACACUUCAACACAAGCAGGCUCGCUGCAGCUGACUGAAAGACUGCGACCGUACAUCAUUUCUAGUCACGCCGACAGGCUAAUGCACUACCUAUGCAGGCUCCGGGAACGCAACUUUGACGGCGAGGCAAUCCACCUACAUUGCGUGCUGGACAAUUCAGGCUACGAGCUGGCUACCGACUUGAUCCUCCUAGACUUCCUUCAUGAGACCAGAUACAUAAGCACAGUGACAAUCCAUGUUAAGGCAAUCCCUUGGUUUGUGUCGGAUGUUAUGCGGCGGGACCUGUUCUGGACAUUGCGCGAGAUGGAAGACAGCGAUCACACCGCUACGCAGGCUCUGAGUGAACGCUGCCAGCAUCGAAUCAUGGAAGGAGUGUGGUACGUAAUGGACGACGUCUUUUGGACACAGUCGUUCGACUAUGCCGAGAUGGCAACAAGACGGCCCGACCUUUACAAGCUGUUGCAGUCAGCCGAUUUGCUACUCUUUAAAGGAGAUCUCAACUACAGAAAACUUGUCGGUGACCUCAGCUGGAAUCCAACGGUUCCCUUCAAGCAGGCACUGCGAGGCUUUGAGCCAACGUUCGUGUGUGCCUUGCGCACGCUGAAGGCUGACACUGUGGCGGGCAUAGACCCAGCAAUUCUCGAUGAAGUGGCACAAAGGUCGCCAGACUGGAUGGUGACUGGCGAGUAUGCUGUGAUUCAGUGCGCCGGAGCAGAGCAUACAAAAGGGCCUAGCUUGGCUCCCACACCGGAGAGUGUCGGUAGCCCUCCGGUGCACAAAUUGGCAACUUCUGCUUCAGUGCACACUAUUGUGUCAGCCCACCCAGAGCAAAGCUCAGAUGUGCAUCAAGAAGCGAGAGAACCGUCAGGCACUGCCCCUGAACAAGUGAAUGAAACUGCAAGAAGUGGUUCAGCCACGGCAGCUAGUGCAACAGCAGGUAGCAAGACCGCAGUUAGCACCACAGCUGCUGCCUCGAGCAGUACCAUUCAAGAACCGGCACAGCGGAGUACCCACAGUUCCGUGCCUGACGACACAAAGAAGCAAAGUCACACUUCAGGCUCUGCAGCCAACGAUGCACCGCCGCAUAAGUUCGAAUAAGUCAUUUGUGUUAUGGACACCAAUCAAUCGAAUUUUUACUCCUAUUGGCAGGUGUUUGAUAACUGCCCCGUUACGACGUUACGUGUAAAUAAUGUUGCCACCCUACGUGAUAUAUAUGAUGAAGCGUUAAGACUAGUGCAAUAAAUUUACGUUACGUAUUAUGUAUGCUCAAGCGUUUAGACUAGUGCGAUAAAUUACACAACAUAUUGAUUGUUUUCACAAUAACUGAUGGACGAAAUGGCGUGAGGACACUCUUAGUGAUGGCAUGCAAAUGGAGAGGGAACUCAACCCACAAGACUGCUGCACAUGCGGCUCUCCAAUUCUUUAUGCUACAACAGCGACAUCGCCAUGAGACGGAAAUGGUCAAAUGUAUCGGUUAGUGCAUUUAUGCAAAUCCACUACAUAUUGGACAGCAUAGUAAUCGCCACUGUAGUGCUAAACUUCCACGCACUAAAUUGCAAUAAAAUAGCCCUAGCCGGCGAUGACAA